GGACAUUUGGGACGUGGUCAGACGCACAUGAGGCUGUUAGUGUUGUGUGUUAAGGAAGAGUAAGAGGGAUUUACACACACGCGUUAGUCAGGAUGGGGAAGAAGAAGGCCCAUGGAGAAGGGACAGGUUUAGGAAAAGCUUUAAUGAGGGAGAGACUAAAUGCAGCCCGAGGACACAGAAGAAACGACACGUGGCUCCACACCAGUGAAGUGAACGAUGGAUACGACUGGGGUCGCCUGAACUUGCAGUCUGUUACGGAGCAGAGCUCUCUGGAUGAUUUCCUCGCCACAGCCGAACUCGCAGGGACAGAAUUCACCGCAGAGAAGCUGAAUAUCCGGUUCGUGCCAGCUGAAGCCAGGUGUGGCCUACUGACAUCCGAGGAGUCCAAGAGACUGAAGAAACUACAUGAGGACAACAGACAGUUCCUCCGCAUCCCACGCAGGCCACAAUGGGACGAGAACACAAGCCCCGAGAUCCUCCAGCAAGCCGAACGAGACAGCUUCCUGACCUGGAGACGAGAGCUGGCAAGGCUGGAGGAGGAACAGAAGCUGAUUCUUACCCCUUUUGAGAGGAACUUGGACUUUUGGAGGCAGCUUUGGAGAGUUAUCGAGAGAAGUGAUGUCGUGGUUCAAAUCGUCGAUGCACGAAACCCUUUGCUGUUCCGCUGUCCUGAUCUAGAGAAAUAUGUCAACGAGGUCUCCGGUCACAAGGUGAACAUGCUGCUGUUGAAUAAAGCGGAUCUGCUGACCCGGGAGCAGCGUCGUGCCUGGGCCAAGCAUUUUCAAAGCGAAGGGAUAAGAGCGGUGUUCUGGUCCGCGCUGGCCGAGGCACAGCGUCUGGAAGCUGAAGAAAAGGGAGAACAUCUCGAUGACCUUGAGGAGCAAAGUGAUCCAGAAAGCGAGCAAACCACAGAUGAGGUAUCAGGUGCACCCGAAGCUUCACGGCAGAGGAGUGAAGGGGAAGAAGAUGAUGAUGAUGAUGAUGAUGAGGAGGAGGAGGAAGAGGACUGUUUUGUGGACUGUACUUCAGAGACAGACUGGCAAACCUGCUCCGAGGCAUCGGGAGACGAAGAGGAGAAAGAGGAGUGCGCGGCGUCCUCAGAUCACGCUUCCUUCUACAACUCGAGCCGUCUGCUGCACAAAGACGAGCUGCUCGAAAUGUUUAAAUCUGCACAUUCUGGGCCCAGGUGUAAGGAGGGGCAGCUCAUUGUGGGACUGGUGGGUUACCCUAAUGUUGGGAAAAGCUCCACCAUCAACACCAUCUUUAGGAAUAAGAAAGUCUCCGUUUCGGCCACGCCUGGACACACCAAGCACUUUCAGACGUUGUUCGUUGAACCGGAGCUUUGCCUUUGUGACUGUCCUGGUCUGGUCAUGCCUUCCUUUGUUUCCACCAAAGCCGAGAUGAUCUGCAGCGGGAUCCUCCCUAUCGACCAGAUGCGCGACCACGUCCCAGCCGUCUCUCUCGUUUGUCAGACGAUCCCACGAGCCGUGCUGGAGGGAACCUACGGCAUCAACAUCGUCAGGCCAAGAGAGGACGAAGACCCGGAUCGCCCUCCCACCUCUGACGAACUGCUUUCAGCUUAUGGAUAUAUGAGGGGCUUCAUGACAGCGCACGGUCAGCCCGACCAGUCCAGAUCAGCCCGUUAUGUCCUGAAAGACUACGUCAGCGGAAAACUGCUCUAUUGUCACCCCCCUCCCCUCAUCAACGCUAAAGACUUCCAGCCUCAGCACUUAAAGUUUAUAAACCAAACUAUUGAAAGCGGUCCAUCAUCAUGUCUCAGUAAACCUCAAAAAGUCAAACAGAUUGAAAACACCGUCGAUAAAACCUUCUUUCAUCAGGAAAACGUCCGAGCGCUGACAAAAGGAGUGCAGAUGGUGAUGGGCUACAAACCCGGCAGCGGCCCGCAAGCCCAGUGUAAAGCAGGAGCAGAACAGCAAGCUGGGAAGCCUUGGAAAAAACAUGGCAACAGGAACAAGAAGGAGAAAGUCAGAAGGCUCAAUAAACACCUGGACGCUUGAAUGUUGCUCUGAUUCCGCUCAUGGACAAAGACAUACUGUAUACUGCAACUGUCUCUAUUUGAGACUGACUGUCAUGAUGGAAACUUUUAAAUAAUGGACAUCUUUCUGAGAAUUCAUUCAUAAUUCCACCAUAAAAAAGUAACAUAUUUGUGCAUGAUCCAAAGUGAUUUUGUAUUAACGACACAUUUCUAAUAAAUGACACACCCAUAUUUA